UAGCCAAGCUGUAACGGAUAGAUCGGCAGAAUCCAGGACGGGCAUCCCAGAGGGUCGUGUGCAGGCGGAGGUGGCAAAGCAGCCGCGCGAUCCCAAGCCAAGCUGCGUCAGGCACUUGACGUCUCACGCCGAUCUCACCCUCACGCCAAUACAUCAUCACACACACACUUCGACGCCUUUCCUUCACCCUCUCCAGCGACAUCGCGCUGUUGCCGACGGCCAUUCGCACUUUCACCACGUCCCAUCGCGUCGCUGCUGUGUCGCUAACACUGCCCUCGGCCGCGACACUUCAUCGAGUGGUAACCGGCCCCCACUGGCCUACCUAACGACUCCACCGGGCGACUUCAUCCCGGCACGAGCGCAGCCGCGCCCAUCGCAACCUCAUCCGCCAAGUCGCAAACGUCCCACUGCCUCCCAGUGACGGCUGCCUUCACACAGCACUUCACAAUGCUGCCCCAAGAACCGCUGCAACCGGGCUCGCCGCCAACGACGCUCUCGAGGUCCUACUACUCCAGCCACAAUGCGCCCGCCGCGCACCCUACCGUCUUCACCGGAUUCCACCAGGCCUCACACCUCGAUGACGUGCGGUUAUCGAGAUACAACAACAACCUCGGCUCGACGGCCAAGGGCAUCAUGAUAGGCAUAUUCUCCGUGCUGGCCGCUGCGGGAGUAUGUCUUAUCAUCGCCGCCAUUGUUUACUACUUCCGGUACACCAACCAGGGACGCAUCUUCCUCGACCGGAUAACGCGGCCUGGUGAGUAUGACGACGAACAGCAAUUUGCCAAGGAGGAGGCCGAGGCGCUAGAGGAUAUGGACGAUCUGCAGAGAACAGAGUACAUGAGAGCGAAGGCUUUUGUGCAAGCAAACCCACCCGAAUCCGUCCAGACCGAUAUAUCUCUUUCGCAAUUCCUGGCCAUACAAGAGAAGGGCGUGUCUGCUUGGGAGUUUGAGCCCGAACUUGAGAUCGCCAACUGCUUCGUCGAAGGCCGAACUGAGAUCGAGUUCUUCGAUUCUGAGUGCAGUGUUCAGAGCAAUCUCCCGAUACCGAAACAAAAUGAAGUCUACUAUUGGGAAGCCAAGGUUUACGAGAAGCCCGAAAACACCAGCAUUGCGAUAGGCGUCACAACAAAGCCCUACCCGUUGUUCAGAUUACCAGGGUACCACAAAGCCUCGAUAUCAUACAUGUCCAACGGAAACCGCCGAUACAACCAGCCCUUCCACCCAUCCGCCUAUGGCCCCUCUUACGUCCAAGGAGAUGUCAUUGGAGUUGGCUACCGACCCCGAACUGGAACCCUCUUCUUCACACGAAACGGCAAGAAACUCGACGACGUCGCUCACGGUCUCAAAACUCAGAACUUCUUCCCCACCGUAGGCGCAAACGGUCCUUGCCAAGUGCACGUCAACUUUGGCCAAAUGGGCUUCGUCUUCAUUGAGGCCAACGUCAAGAAGUGGGGUCUAGCCCCGCAAACCGGUAGUCUGGCUCCUCCUCCACCAUACGGCAGCGAACAAGGAUCGAUUCUUCUGGACUCUGGUCGCGAGGGUAUAAGAGAAGGCAUGGCCGGAAGUUACAUCCAAGCGGGUUACGGACACGGACGGUCUAGCAGCCAGCAAAUGCGUCUUGGAAGACAGGUCCCGACAAGCCCAGGGCCACAGCGCAGUCCCACAGACAUCUCAUUAGCGGCACUGAGUCUUGUGGAUUCAAACGAAGAUACUGCCGGCGAAGGACCCAGCGAUGAUCAUACUACAACUAUUCCGGUAAACCAAGGUCAAGGUCUUGGGCUUUUACAACCUGGCGAACUUCCCCCCGAAUAUAGCAGCCCCGUUGGCUCGCCUAGUCUGCGAAACACAAUCGAUCACCAAGACGGAUACAACUGGGAUGAGCGAGCACCGCUUCUGCAACGGUCUGGCUCAGCUAGUCCCGAAGUACCUAGCUACGACGCUGCUAUGGCUGAUACACCAGGGAUCAGCCGACCAACUAUUCGAGUACGCAGUGCGACUGAAGCCGGCGUCCGACCACGACCGAGAGGACCGAGAUGAUUGAAUCGAAGUCAUUGUUCUCCUUUGUAUUGUUUUUUUCUAGCCUCAUACGGUAUCUCUUUCAACUAUACCCUAUCGUUCAGCUUUUUUUUCUUACUUGUCAGGAUUGGGUUCCGAGAAAUGUGACGACCCCAUACGGCGAGGGGCAAAGAAGUAAGCACAUACUUUGGAGUUGCUCGACCUUUUGAGGGGUCCGAGCCAAACGGCGUUCUGGAAGCGAACAUUGUUACUUUUUUCUUGUUUAUACUGCUGGGGGGUUUACGAACGAGAGCAAACGAACAAGUUGUUGCUGGCGUUUCUUAUAGAUUGGUG